ACUCAGGAUCAAGAAUGAAAAAAAAAUUUUUUUUUAGAUGAACAGCCAGAGAAGCCGUCUUCACAUACACACAGCCAGUCAGCAGGGAGGACUGCUCCUCAAGGCAGGGAGGACUGCUCCUCGAGGAAGGUGUCCUGGGCUGAGUCCACACGAUGCCCCGAAAAGACGUUCACUUCAGUAAUCCCAGGAAGGGGCACGGCCACUCUUAUGUCACCGCUGAAGAGGCUGCAGGGAUUGGCAUCCUGGUUGUAGUUCUGGGGAUUGCGCUGCUUAUCGGCUGCUGGUAUUGCAGAAGACGAAGUGGCUACAGAACCUUGACGGACAAAAGGCGUCAUGCUGGUACUCAAAAUACCUCGAGAGAAAGAUGCUCGUGUAAGAGUCUUGAUCACCAGGACAGCCGACUAUCUUCUCAAGAAAGAACCCAUCAGCCUGUGGUUCCCAACGCUCCACCUGCCUACGAGAAGCUGUCUCCAGACCACUCGCCACCACCUUAUUCACCCUGAGAGCCAGGAAACUCCCGAGAACGCUGAAUAACUUCCCUCACACUUGUGCUUUAAGGCUGACUAGGCGCCCAUGUUUUGCUUUAGAAUGCUGCAGAAUGUACAACUCUACUAACAGGCCAGUGCUAAACUCAUGAUGGAGCAAGCAGAGGGGCAGUGAGGAAUGGUGAGAAACAGUAACCUUGGAAAAGCUCCAAUAAAUAUCUUAACAUGUAUUAUCUGUCCCAACAGUAAUGCUAUUACAUCAUCAUUGUUAGUAUUAUUUUGGGGGAGGGGUGAACUCACAAGG